UAAAAUUCUUCUUAGGGCGUUAAAAGUUCUCACAUUAAUAGUUACUCUUCAAUAAUAAAAUAAUUUCCUCAGUGAAAUGACUGCUUAAAUCUCAUUAGUCAUAAUCGUGAAAGGACAUCGAGAAUCUAAGACACACAUCUGCCGUGAAAAGGAGUGCGAAAUAUCAGUAUGAAAAUCACGGGAGCGUGAAUUGACGAAGAUGAAGAAUCCGAUUGACAAGUAUUUCCUCGGGCAGAAAGUAUCAUCGAGAAAGGAUUAUACGAAUUGGGAUGUGAAUGUUAAGAGCGGAAGAAUAUCGCCGAUAGUCGCCACUGACGAUCGUGAUGAACAAGACGAAGAUGACGAAACUGACGAGAGAUAACGAAAGAUGAUGGAAGCGAUGUCGAGCAGCAGAGUGCGAGAGCUUCAGGCCAUGCUAUUUCCGAUUCAACCUAUACCAGGUGGCAUGCUUUCUGAUCUAGCAUCGCAAGAAUUGCAAGUGUCUCAGCUAGAUCGUUACAACUCAGCUCUAAGACGGGAUGUGGAGUCGGCGUUGUUCGCGAUACCUUUAGGUUUGUCUAGACAUCGAUACUCAAAGGAGACUCUUAGGGCGGUUCUCGAUGCACGCUGCAUGGUCGAUGGAAGUAUUCAGGAAGCAGCCAGAUGGCCAACCGAAUGUCAAGUAAUCCCAGAAAGAAUUCGCCACAUAGAAUACAAUCCUGCUACACCGGAAAUCUUCUACGUUCCAACCGGAAAGGAGCCAAGACCAAAACCGAUCAACGACGAGCUUGGAACAGUAAUAUUUCGCUAUUGUCCAACUAAUGUUACCAAUUAUUUUAGCCGAUCUUGCGUGGGUGGUAGCACAAUACUACCAUUCCCCUCAGAAUUCGCCGACGAAUCGACCAUUUCAAGUACUAAGGAAGGCACUAACGAAAACGAUAUUUUCUUUGUCGCUGAAGCGUCUCGGCUGAAGGAAAACAGCACGGAUUUACGAUUCGAGUCACGAUUUGAGUCUGGAAACCUCGGCAAAGUAGUGAAGAUAACCGACACAUAUUAUCAGCUCUAUUUGAGAAGAGAUCUGUACACUCAAAGACAUACGCAAUGGUAUUAUUUUAGAGUAUCCAAUACGAGAAGCAGAAUUACAUACAGAUUCUCAAUCGUGAAUAUGUGUAAAGAUGAAAGUCUCUACAAUGAGGGACUCAAACCUCUCCUCUACUCCACCGAAGACGCUCGCAUUCGGUCUGUAGGAUGGAGAAGAUGCGGCGACAACAUCACGUAUUACCGAAACAAUGAUUCAUCAAGCGACGAGGAAAAAGAGAAGCACACUCUUACAUUUAACAUCUCAUUCCCUCACGAUCAUGACAUCGUUUACUUGGCGCAUUGCUAUCCUUACACAUACACCGACCUCCAGGAAUAUCUCGGGAAGAUCGUGGCUGACCCUGCGAAAACAAGAUUCACCAAGCUGCGUCUUCUGUGCCGCAGCCUGGCCGGAAACGGCGUGUAUUACUUGACAAUCACCGCGCCGACGCACGACGACGAGGCGCGCAAGAAAAGGGGUGUCGUUAUCACAGCCCGGGUGCAUCCCGGCGAGACGCCGUCGAGUUGGACGAUGAAGGGCAUCAUCGACUUUCUCACCGGCGACACGAAUCGGGCUAAAGAACUCAGGGAAAGAUUUGUCUUCAAAUUGGUGCCGAUGCUGAACCCGGACGGCGUGAUAGUAGGCAACAAUCGGUGUUCCCUGUCUGGAAAAGAUUUGAAUCGGCAAUAUAGGACCGUGAUGCGAGAGAGCUAUCCGUCUGUAUGGCACACGAAACUAAUGAUCCGGAGGCUUCUCGAGGAAUGCGGGGUGGCGAUAUACUGCGACCUUCAUGCUCACUCGAGGAAGCACAACAUAUUCGCCUAUGGCUGCGAGAACAAACGAGCUGGAUGCAACGGAAAACUCUCGGAACAAGUGUUCCCGUUGAUGCUUCAUAAAAACGCAGCCGAUAAGUUCUGUUUCGAGAAUUGCAAGUUCCACGUUGAAAAAGGAAAGGAAGGUACGGGCAGAGUGGUCGUAUGGUCGAUGGGUGUUCCAAACAGUUAUACCAUGGAAGCUUCUAUGGGCGGCUCUAAGAUUGGCACAAGAUGCGGAACUCAUUUCUCCGUUCAAGACUACGAGCAAAUCGGCAAGGCUUUCUGCGAGACUCUUCUCGAUUUUUCGGAUCAAGAUCCCACGAAGGAAAAACUACGGAAUAAAAUCAUAGCUAGAUUGGCGAAGGAAGGAUCUAGCGCUGAGGAGCCUAUCAAUAUCGAUUUGACCGACUAUUCAAGCGACGAAGGAGAUGCUUCAGAGGAGAGCUUCUCGUCGGAGGAGGAAAGGACUGAGUACACGGAUGCUGCGUGGUCCAGUGAGGAUAGCGAAUCUCUGACGAGUCGCCAUCGUUAUCUUUGUGUGCCUCCACCAUCACCAACCUUCGUUCCACCGAAAAGUGUCGGUCUUUACAGAAGGAGAGCGAGAAGAGACAUUGCGGGAAGGAUUUAUCUAGAGCGCAGGAGAAACUUGACACAACGAACAGUGAUGGACCUGCCGACUACGGAUCCAGGUAGCGAUCUAUGUGAUCUGACCGAUUCGGCUGAUGAAGGUUUCAUUCGAAGCGAGGAAAGAGAAUACGAAGUUGAAUGGAAAAGCACACGAGAGCAUCGCGAAGAAAUCAUCGAACUCUCCGAGCGGGAGACGACAGAGAAAGAGGAACGGCAAAACAAAACGUUAAUUUUACCGGAAAUCGUGAGACCUCGCAGCGUGUCGUUCGGGGAGUUGCUGCCGCGCAAAGAUCAUCGAAAGACUCGCCAGCGACCGCGAUGUCUUCGAACGCUGCGGAAUCCGUCACCGGUCUCGCCAACGAGUCAAGAGGCGAGAAUUAAACUGACGUCAUUGAGACGGCAAAUUUGGAUGGGCGUGCCGCCGUGCGCUGCCGAGGGUAGCGACGCGGGACGCCUUGUAGACGAGUUCGUUAAGACGCCGUUGAGCUGGGGUGUCUCCAGACACGCUCUAAUGCACUAUCCCACGGACCGUGAGGCCACAUUAAAACCACAAUCCAAGAAGGUGCAGCCGCUCGCUUACGACGAAGACAAAGAGGACGCAAGAAAGACGCGGAAGUCGCGACGAAAGCGGCAGGGCGUUGCGGAGAACGCUUCUCAAUUGAAGGAAGCCGUGCGAACGGAUGUGCCGAGAUCAUCAAAGAAGAAAAGCUCAAGGAUUGACUGGCAACGGGCUGUGAAUUUCAACUCCAGGGUUAAGGACGCGAAAGGCAGCAGAACCGCUUUCCUAACGAUCGAAGCGGACUCAUUGAAGCUGCUAGCCGCUUCGUCAGCGACGCUGAAACCGCCGCAGCGAUCACGUAAGCUCGAGUCGCGGAGGAAGUUCCGCGGCAUCGGCACAGUCGCCACCACCUGCGUCAGCGUGGCGAAAGCGGGCGUCAUGAAAUCGACAAAAGCACCGCAUCAAAGACGAUCGUGUCACCGCGAUGGCUUUUGCGAAAGCACGACAUCUGAUGACACCUCAUCGGAUUCGGGCAAACCAAAAGUUGUAAAGAAAAAGCAGAAAAAGAAGAAGAAACAACAAUCAAGAAAGUCUGAAAACAGGGGAAUAGCACAGAGCAAGCGUGCCUCCAGCGCCAAAACUUUGCGCAACAAUAUUUAAAGUCUAUUUUAAACAAUGUGGGAAUGUUUUAGUUAUUAAUAUUAUUUAUCUACAAACUUUCUGAUCAAAAACUGGAGUAAAUUUUUGCUUAUAAUUAAUAAAAAUGUCCAAGUAUAGUGCAAUUUCCUAGUAUUACAGAAUGCAAUUUUCUUAUCGCAAAAUUGACGAGAGAUGGUCUAUAUAAAUUAUUAUGGGUAAGAGUUCCAUAUGCGACCUAACCCCUAAGUUGAUUUUGAUCAACUUUUACAGGCAUGUAGUACGUACUAAAUGUAGUCAAAAUU